GGCGGCAGAACUGCUAUGUUUUUAUAUCAAGAGGUGUAGAGGAAAUCCCUUCAGAUUCUCUCAUGACCCAUAUUUGAUGGAAAUUUUUACUUGAAACCGAUUUUUGAUUUCAGUAUGUCAUCUGUCAUUCUCUGGGUGAAGCCGGACGCCUUCGAUUUCGGAGCAAUUCAUGCGCCAUUGCCUCCAAAACUGACUUUGCACAACUUGUACAAGUUGUCCAUUUAUGCAAGAAACAAAGGAGAAGCAGGAUAUCCUCAGCUAAGCUACCCACUGUGGAAGCAUGUGGCCUGCAACAAGUUACAAAUGUCUGAAGAUCUGGCUUGGCUGUACUUUGAAACCUUUGACAUGCUAAGUGGCUCAAGUUUUAAAGAACAUUCAAGAUGGAAUGAAAUAUUUGCUCAAUGCAAAAGUGUGGAGGAAGUAGAUCAUCUGAGAUCUCAAGGCUCUGUGAGAACAUUGCAGUUCAUUCUAUUUCUUUACAUUCAACAAAUUCACAAGAUAUCUUUUAAGGCUUCUCUGGUCCUGGGAGGAGAAGAAUGGCCAACACGUUCACGAUCACCAGAUUUGGAAAAUAAAGGAUCCAUUGCAGUUAAGAGCCUUGAUGAGCAUGAUCACAUGAUGUUUGUGCUACAUCAUUUGAAUGACAUUUUGGAACUUUUAAUGGAACCAGAGUCCAGUGGAAUUGGCAGUGGUAAUGAAGCCUGUCUUACUGUUGAAGCUCUUGAUGCUCUUGGGUUUCUCAUCACAGGAUCCAUUGAUAGGAAAAAUAUUCAGCCACUACAUGAAUUAGCUCGACUUCAGCCAGAAAGACCCAAAUGUGGUUAUUCAAAGAUCUCCAGAAAAUUCUCUUUCCGCCAACUUCAAUCUUGGUUGAGGUCCAGUCUUCAAGUAAAUCCAUUUGGAGUGUCUGCCAUCCUUGCUCAGGGAUUUAAACAACAUGAAUUACAAGUACAAAAUUUUCUAAGCCUUAGUGACACCUUUGAUGAUCACAGUCUUCUACGGCAUCAGGAAUCAGAACACAGCACUGCUGGCAAAGAAAUGUCCAUAAAUAGGAGUCGCAUCAUGAGCAAUAUAGGCUAUGCUCCACCCGAGCAAAGAUUUCUUAUCCUUUCUCAAGUUUGCAAACAAACUGUUGCAAAGGCCAAUGACUCAUAUUCAGGAAGUACAGUGAAAAUUCACAGAUGCCAUUAUUCCUACAUAUACAUCCUAUGCCCCCUGAGGGCUGUUACUGUAGAAAACUGUCACAACUCCACAAUUGUUCUGGGGGUGGCAAACACAGCUGUUAAUAUCAUUGGUUGCUGCAAUUGUACAUUCUAUGUCGUCUGUGAAAGAAUCUCAUUCAGUGGUUGCAGUGACUGUUCUUUUCAUCUUUGCACGCCGACCAAACCUGUUAUUCUUCCAGGAAAUGAAAAGCUAGUUUUGGCGCCAUAUCACACUUAUUACCCCACCCUGGAGGAACACUUAUGUGGCCCUUGGGGGAUUCCCAUUGAGCCAAAUUUGUGGAAUGAUCCUCUUGUACUUGCAUCUGAUCGAGGUGAGGGCACAUCAGCUGUGUAUCGUGAACUAUCACCCGCAGACUUUUUCACGUUCACAAUUCCGUUCUCUAUGAAAGGAUCUACAGAUGGACCACCGAUUCCUCUUCCGAAAAAGUUCGAGAAAGCUUUGAAAGACAGAGAAAAAGCAAUUGGUAACUGGUAUCAAUUAGUAAAAACAUCAUCACUCACCAAAGCGCAGAGGCGACAGCUGCAAAAAGAUGUACAAGAUAGAUUCCAGGAAUGGCUGGCAGAAAGUGGACACUCCACUCAAUUGAAUGGUCUCGUACCGCCCCAUUCAGGAAAGUCUUGAAAUAUCAAGAAGGAAGGCAAUUCGUUGGUAAAAGUCUUCAAUAUUCUAGGCAAGGAAGUGAAGAAUACACUGCCUCAGUCAGUAAAACCCUAACCCAGACCAUGCCCAAGGGAGUAGGUAGGAAUAUCGGAGUGAUGGAUAUUAUGGUUCCCCUACAACUUUGGUGGACUGAAUGGUUUAACCAUGACUCCAUUCAUCUAGCAGCAGAGAAGUGGAAUCCACUUAUGAUGAUGACCAGCAUCAAGACUGACUACGGCAUUAUACAAGGGAAAUCCAAAAAGAGCUCAAAACAUAUUCAAGCAUCUGUAUGCUACAACUUACCACGACGGACAUUCGGAAACCAUACUUAUAACAGAAAUCGGAGCCAGAUAUGGAUCAAUCCUUUCAAGAAGUCGCCUUUUGUGUGAGGUCGUUUCCGGGUAUUGUCCGCGUUAGUCGCCCACAAAUUUGGGACCUGCGUCGGCAUUUACUGACCAGAAAGUGUGAUUUGAAAUUGAACGUUAUGUAACUGAAAGAAGGAUAUUGGUGGAAGAAGAAAAGAGAUCCUUUGAUUAUGAAUGUGAUAAGGAAUGUUACAUAACCGAUGAUAGAUAAAAUAAAAAUAUUCAAACUGUU